CUUUCUUUGUAGAAGAGUCAGCAUAAAGGGCCCGCCUCUUUCUAUUUCUAUUUUACAUGUGACCGAACGAAAGAGCCAUGAAGUUGAUAAAAAGAGUUGAUUAUUAUCUUCAGUAUAAGAAAUCGCGCGAUCAAGACUGUGCAUGCACAGUGCUUUAGUUUUUAAGUAGUCAAUCUCAUUCCAUUUCAGGUCUUUUUUGAUGGUCAGUCAUCGAAAGUUGCAUGUGUUGUAUAAUUCAAGACUUGUAGUAACUAUCCAGCUGUACCACGGACAGGCUCUUAAAGGGUACAAUCAGUCAUGCCUGUUGAAGAAGGCUGGGUGCCAUAUCGACUUCGUUUGGCGUAUAGUGUGGGUCAUAUACAGAACGAUCUUCAUGCAUCUGUAUGGUUCAGCUAUUUUCUCCUCUACCUACACCAGGUAAAAAAUUUUAAUAAUAUAUGGGCAGGAACACUCUUGCUGUUGGGCCAAGUUGUUGAUGCCAUAGCUACACCUCUUAUUGGAUAUGAAUCAGACAAUCGGAAUGGCUGCUGCAACUAUGGAAAAAGAAAGUCAUGGCAUCUGUUUGGUACAUCCUGCUUACUGCAUUUGGCUUUCACCUUCAUCUUCAUUAAGUGCAUUAAUUGCACUAAUGAAACACCUGACUAUGUGCAGUUCAUCUACUAUGGUGCAUUUGUCAUCAUUUUCCAAAUAGGCUGGGCAAGCGUGCAAAUUUCUCAUCUGUCACUUAUCCCCGAGCUGACUUCCUGUGAAAAUCAGAAAACAGGACUUAUUGGAUGGAGGUAUGCAGCAACAGGAUUUUCCAGUCUCCUCACCUAUGCCAUAGCUUGGGUGUUGCUGUCAGCAGGAAGCAAUGCAGUAACUACAGAUGAUUUGGGGCCAGGCGAUAGUGACAGUUUUAGGAACCUAGCGCUGAUUGCAACAGGCACCGGUCUGUUCUUUAGUGUCAUCUUUUCACUUGGGAGUCCUGAACCCAAACGUAUGGAGGAUGAACUUAGAAAGGUUACUGAUGAGGAUGGUAUGGCUUCCGUUGAACGAUCAAUGCUUCUUCAUGACCGGAAAAGAACCAUUUGCAGCUGGUUUAAAGACAUUCGUUUCUACCAGGUAGCGCUUGUCUACAUGUGCACACGCUUAUACGUCAACAUGUCACAAGUGUAUCUGCCAAUUUAUCUCACAGAAACUAUGAAACUUGAUAAGACAAGCAUUGCCAAUGUGCCACUUGUUUGCUAUGGAAGCAGCUUUUUGACGUCCAUUGUCAUCAAGAUGGUUGACAGGAACUUGGGCAGAAAGCUGUCCUAUCUAAUUGGUACAGUUAUUGCACUGGGUGCCUCAACCUUACUCUAUUUCAUCCCAUCUGGUACCUUGUGGAUGGUUUACCUUGCGGCUGUGAUCAUAGGUAUAGGAGGAUCUCUGAUGCUUGUGACAUCCCUGUCCAUUGUCGCUGAUCUUAUUGGGAAUUCAACAGAUUCUGGAGCCUUUGUAUAUGGUGCUAUGAGUUUUACAGACAAACUAGCCAAUGGCAUCGCUGUGGAAAUCAUUCAAAUCUUUCAUCCUUGUGUAGCUUGUUGCCCAGCUUGUGGACCUUACUAUCGGCACAUUCUUAGCUUCGUGCCUGGAGGCUCAGCAUUCUUUGCACUUGUUGGACUGGCUUGGAUUGUGUGCACUUCAGCCCGUACAAGAGCCUCUGCAGGGCCAGCUCUUCUUCAUGACCCCACAAGUGGGUUGCCAGGAUCAUCUUAUCUUGAGGAAAACAAAAUAACCUCCCACGUCAACGGUUCUGUGCCAACAGAUUCAGAUGCUAGUGAUAGUGAAAGUGCUCCUCUUAUUCAGAAGAACCUGUUAAAAUCCUCAAAUCAAGCAAACGGCUAUGCUUGGAUAACAAAAGCAUGAGCGCAUUACACAACUUCUGGUGUGCAGUUUCUUGAAGUUGCAAAAGUUGACAUGGCUUUUAGAGUAAAUUGACAUGGAGAUCUGAUUUGACAGGACUUUUUAAAGUGACUUGACCUGUUGUUUGGCCUCAUAAUUUGAAAGUGGAAGCGGUUUCUCUUCAGGAAGCAUUUUGGUAAAAUGAAGCUACAAAAAAAAUUACUUUUAUUAGAAAGAUAACAACCUUGAUGCACAAAGUGUGUGUGUGUGUGGGUGAGAGAGAGAGAGCACAUGCUCAUGGAAGAAAGAUGGAUAGCAGAGUGACAGGGCACAGUUACAGGUUUCAUACUCAUCUGAAACCUGCAGAAAGGUUUCAUACUCAUCUGAAACCUGCAGAACAAAAGGUGUUGUGAUAUUUGAGCAUGAUUAAGGGCAUUUUUAUCCGUUUGUGUA